AUGGCGGAUCUGGAUCAUAGAACCAAUACAGAUAACCGAAUGGAGCCAUUGGGAGAAACGAGACUGUUCGGCCUUAGACGCCUAGAAGACCAAGUUACUUCUAUUGGAAGUAAACUGGUACCACCUUAUAGUGAGAAGGCAACCUUUAUCAAUGAGCGGUCAAAUUACUGCUAUGAGAUAAAUUCAUUCGGCCUUAAGAAUGAAGGGGCCACCUAUCAGCGUUUGAUGGAUAAGGUGUUUCAUCAUCAGAUUGGAAGGUUAGUAGAGGAUCAUGGGAAAGAUCUUGCUGAGGUGUUCGGUCAGAUGUGCAAGUAUGGAAUGCGGUUGAACCAAGCUAAGUGUACCUUUGGAGUACCUGCUGGCAAAUAUUUGGGCUUCAUGCUUACGGCCAGAGGGAUAUAG